AGUGGCUGUGGGGGCUGGCGCAUCUGUCGAGGGCAGGUCAGCCGCGCGCCCGGGAUGAAACGGCGGUUGGCGCUCGAGGCGCGUUUCUCGGCGCACCCGGACUCCCGGGCCUGGUAUGUGGCCUGGAGCCCGAGCGGGACGCUGCUCGCUUCGUGUGGAGGCGACCGGGCAGUGCGGAUUUGGGCCAGAGAAGGGUCUUCCUGGCUGUGCAAGUGCCUCCUGGAAGAUGGGCACCAGCGGACCGUGCGGAAGGUCUCCUGGUCGCCGUGCGGUACCUACCUUGCUUCGGUCAGCUUCGACGCCACCACCUGCAUCUGGAGGAAGAAGGAGGCCGUGUUUGAGCUUUUGACAACACUGGAAGGACACGAGAAUGAAGUGAAAUCUGUGGCCUGGGCUCCAUCUGGCAGUCUUCUUGCAACAUGCAGCCGGGAUAAAAGUGUAUGGGUUUGGGAAGUGGAUGAAGAUGAUGAUUAUGAGUGUGUGAGUGUACUGAAUGCUCAUACUCAGGAUGUCAAACAUGUCAUCUGGCACCCAAAUGGAGAGUUCCUGGCUUCUGGAAGCUAUGAUAACAGCAUUAAACUAUACAAGGAGGAAGAUGAUGACUGGGUCUGUGUUGACACUCUUGAAGGUCAUGAGUCUACAGUUUGGAGCAUUGCAUUUGAUAAAACUGGAGAGCAUUUGGUAUCUUGCAGUGAUGACAAAACUGUUAAAAUUUGGAAAGCAUACAAGCCUGGCAAUGAACAAGGUGUGAUAUGCAGUGGAUCAGAUCUGUCUUGGAAAAGUGUCUGCACCCUAUCUGGGUUCCACAGUCGUCCUAUCUAUGACAUCUCCUGGUGUCACAUGACUGAUGCGAUAGCAACUGCAUGUGGUGAUGAUGCAAUCAGGAUAUUUGAGAAGGACCCUGGUUCGGACCCACACCAACCCACCUUUUCAUUAAUGGCCCACAUUGCAAAAGCACACACUCAGGAUGUCAAUUGUGUGGCUUGGAACCCCAAGCAAGCUGGCUUGUUAGCUUCCUGCAGUGAUGAUGGGGACAUUGCUAUCUGGAUAUACGAGUUUGAAGAUUAAUGCAAGCAUGCAAUCACGUGAAAAUGUUACAUAUCCGUAACAAAUGCAUUGUAUAGGCACUGUCUAGUCUGGAAUUAAUCACCAUGACUACAUCAUUUACCCAUUUUCACAUUUGCACUAGUUAUGUUUCCACUCAAUGGUCAUGUUCUGUCUUUAUCUAAUCUGUCGAGAGCUUAACAAUUUAACAUUAACAAUUUGUUUACUCUUUCAUUUGGAAGACAAUUAAAAUCACUUUUGAGUGUAA